CGAACCCUUUGGAACUAAACUCAGGGCCCAAUUGAUGCACUGCAGCCAUGGGUCCCUUCCAUCUUGUAGACUACCUAAGAAGUUUCGGUCUUGGUCAUUAAUCAAUUUGGCGGAACCGAGCUGACAGAGCUCUCCCCAUUCCUCCUCCUCCGCCGAAUCCGCCGUCCAAAUCCACUCACUGCUGGCGCUCCCACCUGCCCCGUUCUUAUAUAAAGUUCUCCCACUCUCCUCUGUCUUUUUGUAGCAAGAUCUGUGCCUCUGUACCUCUUUCACCAUGAAGUUCUCCAUCCUCCCCCUGGCGGCUCUCGCCCCCCUGGCCGCUGCCCACUUCGAGCUCAAGUACCCCACGAGCCGCGAUGGCACCGAAGACAACAUGGUCAACUUCCCCUGCGGCAGUGCGGCACAGUCCACCAACCGCACUCAGGUCUCCAUCUCCGCCGGCUCCUUCCCCGUCGCGCUGUCCAUGGGCCACUCGCAGACCGCGGUCGAGGUGCUCCUCGCCCUGGGCACCGACCCCGGCACCAACUUCAACAUCACCCUGCACAAGACCUUCGAGAUCGAGGGCCUGGGUGCCUUCUGCCUGCCCCACAUCACCUUCGAUGAGUCCAUCCUCGGCACCAACAUCACCGACGGCAUGAACGCCACCGUCCAGGUGCAGAGCAACGGGGAUCCAUCUGGAGGUCUUUAUGCGUGCGCCGACAUCCAAUUCUCCUCGACCGUGAGCUACGACGAGCCUUCGACCUGCAAGAACAACACCGGCGUCAAGGCUGUCGAGUUCACCGGCGCCGCCGCGGACCGUAACGCCAACGAGUCGACCGCCACCGGCGGUGCCCAGGACGGCUCCUCGUCCAGCAGCAGCAGCAGCAGCUCCUCGUCCUCCGCGAGCGGCUCCAGCAGCACUGCUACCUCCACUGGUGCUGCGGUUCCUCUGCAGACCGCUGCCUGGGGAAUGCUCGGUGCCGCUGUUGUCGGUGGUCUUGCUGUUUUGUAAACGAAGCGAAGACCUUCGUGCUACAUCAAUGCUCACUCCUUAAUCGUGGAAGGAUGCUGCUCUGCGCAGAUGGUAUGGCUGGAGAGAGAGAGAGGGUGAGACAAAAAGAGAACGAGAUGAUAAAAAGCCCAACGAAUAACAUUUUCGAAGGAUCGAUCAUGAUUUGACGAUAAAUUCCCACACAACGCUUGUUUAUAUGGCGAUUGUAUCUACCCUGUACAUAUUCAUUUUAGUUGUCUAUGGUUUUCGAUACUACCUUAAUGUGAAGGACAUGGACAUGUGACAAAACUGGAGGAGACACCUCGUGCCUUGCUACUUUACUUGCUUUCAGCUUUGCG